CGACCGUUGAAAAGUUGAGGCGCCCGCCCCCCCCCGCAAAGCAAGCUCAGCUCGGUGAUCGACGGCCUGUCUUCACUCCCGCCCGACGGACGCCUGUGAACAUGUCCCUGAAUCUCACCACCAAGCUCCCCCUCCGCGCCUUACUGUCCGCGGCCACGCGUGCUGGUCCACGCCGUUGUGCACCCGCUGCGUCGCUGCAGAAGAAUGCUGCAACCACGCUGGCGGUGGUGCGUCGCUUCUGGACCAGCACGCCGCACGCCGCGACCCCCGCUCGCCAGGAGCAUCUCGUCCACGAUGCCUCCAACGCCGGCCAGCUGGACGGCAAGCCCGCCAGGCACGUCGCCGUGAACAUCGAUGGCGACCCGCGCGUGUUCGACACCGUGUUCCUGCGCGACAGCUGUACCUGCGCGCAGUGCGUCAACCCGGACAGCAAGCAGAAGCUGUUCCAGACGUCCGACAUCCCAGAGGACCUGGAAGGCGCGUGUCGGACUGUGGUCGACAAAGAGAAGGGAUGGGUCGUGGAGCUGGUCUGGAAGAACGAUGUGCCCGGAUACGGGGUUGAACACCGGACAAGACACUCGAUUGACUGGCUGCGACGCGCCCUAACCACGGAAUUGGAGCUCAGGGGAGGCGUGAGGAGCGACGAGAGGGUGCUCUGGGACAGGGAGAUCAUCACCAAGAAUAACAAAUGGGUUGACUACAAAGCCUAUAUGGCUGAGGAUGAAGUGCUGUUUGAUGCCCUAAGCCAUCUGAACAAGUACGGCUUGCUCUUCCUCAAAAACGUGCCAGACUCCGAAGAGGGCGUGGUGGAUAUCGCAGGCCGAAUCGGCACGCUCAAGGACACAUUUUAUGGCCGUACCUGGGAUGUUAAAUCCAAGCCCCAUGCCGAGAACAUUGCCUACACCAAUGUGUUCCUCGGCCUGCACAUGGAUCUGCUCUACACCUCCAACCCGCCGCAUUUGCAGCUACUCCACUCCCUGCGUGCGCGCGCUCCGAAAGGCGAGUCCUUCUUCAGUGACUCGUUUCACGCUGCGCACACGCUGCACUCAAGGUCAGCCUUCCACUUCCGCACCCUGUGCACCUUCCCCGUGACCUAUCACUACCACCACGACAAUCAUCACUACCACUACACUCGCCCCACCAUCGAGCUGUUCCCCUACCCUAAGUACAGCGAGCCUACCAAUCUAGCCAUUCGGAAUAUAAAUUGGUCCCCACCCUUCCAAGGGCCCUUUGAAGCCCGCAUUGGCGGAGAGAACCAGUCAGCGCUAAGAAACUACCUCUCUGCAUCGAAUUCAUUUGAGAAACUCCUCAGUUCUGAGGAGAAUAUGUACGAGUAUAGGCUGGAGGAAGGAGAAUGUGUCAUAUUUGAUAAUAGGAGAGUCCUGCACGCGCGUAGAGCUUUCGAUGCCAGCAAAGGCGAGCGAUGGCUCAAGGGUGCGUACGUGGACGACGAUGUCUUCUUCUCCAAGUUGAGGGUUCUCGAGGAGAGGUACAAGGGGAACUGGAUUGCGGAUGGGGUCACUAGGCCUGCCGUCAAGUAGAACGGCCAUGUUUGAUGCAUUGCAAAUAUCGGUGUUAUCUUUACGGGAGUAGCUUGGAUCACCAAGGCUUUGCGUACCCCUCGAUAGGGGCGUAUGGCUGAAAUGAAAAGUCUUUGUUCUUA